UUAGUAUCUUUUGAACUGUAAACGUUCCUCUCGAGAGCUGCAGGUUUUUCGUGCUUCCUUGUCUCUUUUUGUCUCUGAAUCAUAAACCUCUCGGGGAAGAGCUGGAAAGGAUGUUGCCUAAAAGACAUGGCAGCAAAGAGGUUGUCCAGAUACCACGAGAACUUCAAAACGAGCAUCUUAAGGAGGCUGCCUUCAUUCAAACUUGGACUGUUUGCAACACACACCACUUACAAUAAUUUUGGAGGCAAAGACAGCUGCUACAACAUGAUGCAGUGUGUUGCUGCUGGACACAAGAUUGUGGCUCUGGCCAACUUGCGCCCCGCUCACAAAGAUGAAUUGGACAGCUACAUGUACCAGACGGUGGGUCAUCAGGCAAUAGAGCUGUACGCUGAUGCAAUGGAGUUGCCUCUUUAUAGAUGUACCAUACAAGGUUCUAGCCUGGACACGAGCAGAAAUUACAGUCAGACAGAAGGGGAUGAGGUGGAAGACCUGUAUCAGCUGCUGUACCUCGUUAAGGAAAAGGAGGCCGUUGAGGCAGUGUCUGUAGGAGCUAUUCUAUCCGAUUACCAGAGGGUCCGUGUGGAAAAUGUAUGUCUGCGUCUUGGUCUGCAGCCCCUGGCCUACCUGUGGCACCGAGACCAAGAGUCGCUGCUCUCUGAGAUGAUAUCAUCCGACCUACAUGCCAUCCUCAUCAAAGUUGCUGCUUUUGGCCUGGAUCCAGAGAAGCACUUAGGAAAAUCCCUGGCCGAUAUGCAGCCCUAUUUGAAACAGCUCUCCCACAAGUAUGGAGUCCAUAUUUGUGGUGAGGGAGGUGAAUAUGAAACCUUCACUCUCGAUUGUCCAAUCUUCAAAAAGAAGAUAACAAUAGAUGAAGCUGAGACAGUGAUUCACUCUGCAGAUGCUUUUGCUCCAGUUGGCUACCUGCGCUUCACCAAAAUGCAUGUAGAGGACAAACACAGCGAUGCGGUGGCGAGAGCUUUGCCCCAUGGUAGUUGUCCUUGCCAGAGCGCCAUUGACAAGAUGACUGAGGAGGUGGAAUAUGCUGAUCAAGCUGAAGACAACCAGCACAAAUUUACAUCAAACUGUGACCUUAGUUGUCACUGGGGCCACGAUGAGCCUCCAUCCUGCUCCAAAAGGUGUUCAAGGGGCUAUCAGUGGAUCUCAGGCAUCAAUGGACUUAGGAGCCAAGAUCUUGGGAUUGAGAGCCAGACACUGGCAGCUUUAGCUAUGCUUCAAGAUGAGUUGCAAAUCAAGGCUUGGAAAAUGAAGGACAUCGUCUUGGUUCAUCUCUAUGUGAGGAAUAUGGAGGAUUUUGUUUCUCUCAAUGCAGUUUACAGGAAAUAUUUUGACAUAAAUCCUCCAGCCAGGGUUUGUGUCCAGGCGCCUCUGCCUGGUGGACAGCUGCUGCAGAUGGACUGUCUCCUCCAUGACUGGACCGAACCCCUGGAGGAAGGCUGUUUCCGCCACAAAGAAGCCCUUCAUGUCCAGAGCCUCUCCCACUGGGCCCCCGCUAACAUCGGGCCGUACAGCCAGGCCUUCAAGGUAGAUGAGUUGGUGUUCUGUGCAGGACAAAUUCCUUUGGUCCCCUGCACCAUGUCUUUGGUGAAAGCUGCCACCUCCGUAGAAGCUCAGCUGUCCUUCAGCCAUGUGAAGAAGGUACUGGAAGCUGUGAUCCCCAACUUGACUCUGGCCCACGUUGUCCAGGCCCACUGCUACAUCACCAGACACCGAGACAUUGCAACCAUCAGAGCUGUGUGGGAGAGCAUGCUGAAGGCUACAGAGGAAGAGAAGGAGUUGCUGUGGGAAUCUGAGAUCAAACUUGCGCCACUGCUGAUUGUUGUGAUACCUGCCCUACCCAAGGAUGCAGCCGUUGAGCUUCAUGUGACUGCAGUGAAUGACGAUCCCUCCAGAAGAACUACCCAGCAUGUUACAACAAAGAUGGUGUGCGGAUCCAUACGGUGCCACACCAUGUUGUCUGCUGACCGUAGGAGUGCUUCGCUAUCACUUUCGAUGAUCGCCUGCGGGAGCGACCUGGGAAUCGCUGAUGUGAAAAGCAUCACAGAAGAACUUGGCACGGCUUUCAUGAAGGCCACAAAGGCGAUAGAGGCCAAGUUGGUACCACAGUGUGCAAGGGUGUUCUACAAGUGCAGCCCCUCACCAAUUCAGCAGAUAGUUCAAGGACUUGAAGAAAGUUUACAGAACACCUUAGGAGAAUCCAGUCCAUCUGUGGCCUUGGUUCCUGUCCUGGGUCUGCCUGACUCCCAGAUCCUCCACUUAUCCUGCUGGCUCAGUUUAUAAUAACACACUUGUAGUCAAGGGGAAGAUUCCCCCAAUCCACAUAUGAUUCAGAGACACUUUUCUGGUAAAGCUACUGUAUAACUUUAGACUUAAAGAAGAACAUAAAUGAAGGGGGGGAUGGAAAUUUCCCUUUAGUCUUGACAGUGUUGCUGUUCAUCAGUGACAAAUGUAAAAUGUGCAAGUGUGUAGCUGUAGGGAUGUAUUUACUGCACCCUUUGGAGUGUCUUUAAUCUAAAGGUGCAUACCAGAAAACUUCUUUCAUUCCAGCAGGCAAUAAACUCCCUUCCAUGAUA